GCCCCACCAGUGACUUGCACCCUCACCUGGAGGAUAGAUCUACCUCUUCAUCUCCUCUCUUUUCUUCACUGUCGCGUUUCCUUUAUUGCUGUGACACAGAGCGGUGCCAUUCUGUGUCCUUUGGGUCAUCUCCCUCACAAGUGAACGAAGAGGGAUUUCCUUUCUUUCUUUUCAGGUUGGAUCUAGAUCACGAAGCUGUGAAUGCGCACUGUCCACUUGGAGCGUAGUUAGUCUUGAGGAGAUUGUACAUUCUUCUUGCAUGUGUCAACCGUAAAUCAUAAUGAUGCAGUUUUGUGGUGUUUGUGGUGGAGCAAUUCAGUCCCCAAUUUCCCGCACUGUGCAUCUUGUCUGUCCGCGAAUGUGUUAACGCCGAGUAGGGUUUCGAGACGAUUCGACUUGUUGUACUGAAUUGGGUCCCCGUGUCCUCUGUUCCUUCCACCAUGGCCGCUCUGGAUAGGAGCGCGUCGGGUACCUUAUAUCAGAGGUCUUCCUCCAUGUCAAGGGCGGAAGCUAGCACCGCUAAGCUUCUCAGUGAGUCAAUGCUCACUAAGCAAUCCUCAAUGCCAGUGGAACGCGUUCGCACUUCUCCUGAGCGUCUUCUUUCUUCCCGUUUUUCAGGGAAAAGCAGCGCCAUCUGGUACCGCAAUACAAUACUUGGGGUCUUCGGCACUUUGCUCAUAAUCGGUGUGGUCACAUGGCCGAACUUCGUGACUCCGAACCUUGAUGGAGACCCACUGCCUGCCCCUGCUACAUUGGAGGAUAGAUGGGAAUCUGCCUCCAGAGCUCUUCCCUUCCACCUCUACGUCAAGAAUGCCCUUGGGAGGUCGAAGUUCCUCGUCACGGACCAGGGUCCAGACGUCAAAUACCACAGGGGACCUGUCCUAGUAGGAGACAACAAGAAGAUUCUCAAGGUACACUUAGUAUUCUAUGGGUCUUUCACCAAAGCCCAGAAGGCCAUAGUGAUUACUUUCUUGCAAUCAUUCACAGCCCCUAAGCCAUCGAAGCGUUUCCCUACCGUCGCUGGCUGGUGGUCAAUCGUGAGCAAAUACAAAAAUACGAAGGGUGUAACCGUUGCGCCUGUCGUGACUUUGGGGACCCAAGUUCACGACACGAAGUAUUCCUUGACGAAGAGCUUGAAGCAAUCCGACAUCGAGAAGCUUAUCACUGUUUCCUUAAGGAAGGGUCUGGCUCUGGAUCCCACCGGUGUGUACUUCGUCCUCACCUCAGACGACGUGAAUGUCCAGGGAUUCUGCAGCUCGCAGUGCGGAACUCACUCCUCUAUUCGUCCCGCUGCUCUCACGAAGCGGACAAGGCUGCCAUACGGAUGGGUCGGAAAUUCAGCGAAGAAAUGCGGAGGAUACUGCGCGUGGCCGUUUUUUAAGGCCGCUUACGGAGCCGGACCUAACACUCCGCCAUUGAAGGCCCCCAAUGGUGACGCGGGAGUGGACGGUAUGAUCAUCAACAUCGCAAGUAUCCUUGCUGGUGUUACCACAAAUCCCUAUGGAAACGGUUACUUCCAAGGAGAUAACCAGGACCCUCUGGAGAUUGCUGGAGUGUGUGCUGGAAUCUAUGGUCCUAACUCCUACCCAGGAUACCCUGGAGACAUCCUCAAGGAUUCUAGGGGCGCGAGCUUCAAUGUCUACGGUGCCUACCGUAAGAAGUUCCUUGUUCCAUGGGUUUUUCACUCAGUGACGAAGAAGUGUGCUGGUCAGGCGUGAAAUGGCGACCAGGAUCGGGGACUGAUGCCCUGAUUGCUAACGGUCGACUGUGCUUUGCAUAGCAUGGUGCUAGUCUCCAAUGAGACCAAGGUGUAGACUUACUCAUCAUGACGAUUUUUCCAUUUUAUCUGAUUGGAUGUAGGAUUAAUUGCUUAUGACAGGACCGAAGAGCCGGCCACUACAGAUGGAAGAGUGAUGCAUUGCCGUUCUAAAUGUAUAGAAUGAGCCAACCUCUGGCUGUCUUAUGCAGAGUGGCGAUACAUAUUUUGCUCUGUUAAGUUAAUUGCGAAGCAUGCUCAACAGGACAGAGAAAAAAAUGUUUUCUAUUCGUGAGACUUACGAUUGAUUAUAAGAUCCUGUCAAUUUCUUUCAUAAUAUCCACUCUCCUUUUGUGUUCAACCCGAAGCUUCUGAGAAUCAUCUUCCGAUAUCAGUGAACCCGAACGAUAAGUGUUAGGAACAUUUUUUCUAGUCCUGUUUGCAAAGAUGCGAAUGCCGCAGAAUCAAUGAUGUCAAGUUUUUGUAACUUUGGUAUUGAUAAUCGCAAUAAAACCUCCCUUCGUGGUUGUAAUACUUUCGCCGUA